ACGUACCUUUAGUUGGAUCAUGGGUAAAUUUUUGAUCCAUGACUUGACAAAUGAUUUACCUGUCAAAUUCUGGACACAGUAUUUAUUUUGAUAGUCGUUUUCAAAUUACGUAAAUUUUCAGUGCCAUGAAUAAUGUCCUAGUUUAGAAAAUGUGAAAAUUCAAAAAUGUGGUCAAUCAGUUUUUUAAAAAUAAUUAUUAAAAUGGCAUCUAAGAAAUAAGAACGUCAAUUUUUUGACAAAAAAAAAAAGUGUAAGAAACAGUAUUUGUGAAUAUUUUUGGAAAGUGUUUGGCUGAACUGUCAAUUUUAUCAGAGGCAUGUUAUGAUGGCCUUUCAUCCUUUGGUCAGUUCAACUCCACCACCUUUGGAUAAUUGCAGGGAAUCUGAUGACGAUGAAUUUGGAGAUUUUGCAACUGGAGGAUUUGAUGAUUUGUCGAUUGCCUCUGAUUCACCACAGAAGAUCGUAACUCCGAUUGCGACCCCAGUACCAUCAGUCUGUGCUUCGCCGAAAGUAAAUGGUACAACUGAGAACAUCACUUGCCAAAGCGCAACUCCAAAGAAACAAGUUUCUUCCAAGUCGUUGACAAACGAGGACAUUCUUAUCAUUGAGAAAACGGAAAGCGCAGUGAGCAAUGUUACUUUAGAUAAUAGGACAGAUAGUGGUUUUAAAGAAGACAAUGCCUUGAGAGACGGCAGUGUUUUGUGUAGCGAUUUAGAUUUACCAGAAAGCGAACAGUCGCAAACUCUCCAAAGAAAUAGCGAUAGUUUUCUUUGUUGCGUUUCUCUUAGAAGUGAAUUAGAGGAAAGGGAUUUUGUUACCACCGACGUAGUGAUUAGUAGUAAUAAUAGUAGUUUAGAUGAUAGUGUUAAAACUGUCAGUCAACGGGAGGAAGAAGAGACCCUCAGCAGUCCCGAGGAUCAAGAACCACUCAGUUUAAUUCUUGAUGACCCUGCUAGUAUUCCGGACCUACAGCAAAAUUUAGACGAUGAUUUCUAUGAUUACUCAUCCUAUAAAAAUUCUCUUGAAAAUGACGAUGAGAAAGUAUCAAAUCAUCAAAGUAGUGAUACUUUUACACGCACCGAAUUCAGUGCAAAAUGUGAUGAAACCAUUCAAGACGAAGAGAGGCUUAAGAAGACACUUUCUGCCUUAAUAAUUUCCUCGGAAAACUCAACCUACGAGGGAGUUCAACAAGAUUUCUCCUAUGUAGAUAGCACUGUGAUUCAAGAAUCAAAUUGUCACUCUACCUCUGUAGAAAAAAAAGAUAAGAAUCUAGUUUCACAGAGCGAAUUGGAGUUGAGAAAUUCUCUUGAAACAGAAGAAUAUGUAGAACAACCAAAAAGUAUUAUCGAAAAUGAUAUCAAUCAAACUGAGAGUCCUAGUAUUUCAUUGAAUGAAGUAGACGAAUAUCGAAAAGAAAAUUAUGUCACAGUUGAAAAUAGUUUGCAGGACUCAGUUUUUCUUGAGGCAGAUGGCUUAGAAAAUGACCAUACCAAUCACAUACCAGUUAAUUCAACUGGUAUGGACUUGAAUUUUGAAGAUUUCGCUGAAUUUUCAGAUUAUUUAUCUGUCGAUAGUUUCUCAAAACAAAAUUCAAAGGAACAAUGCUUCAGAAAUGAAAAAAUUAUCGAAUCUCAGUCGGAAGUGCCGGAUAAAGAAGAAUCUGGCUUUGGAAAUUUUCAAACAGUUACUAGUGAUGUUCAAGAAUUUGGUGAUUUUGCUGAUUUCUCCAGCUCACAGGCGGAACAGCAGUCCUCUAGAGAAGAAGAUGAGACCUUAUCGGAUAGGCAAGAUGACGAUUUUGGUGAUUUUGAAUCAACUGCCGUUUCAUCGACAAUUCCAUUUAAUUUGAAAGAGUCUAUUUCUCGGAUAGAAAAUAAGAGCGCUGCAAACAAGAUUGAAGACAUAAUAACCAUUAUGUUUCCUUUGACUGGUGAAGAUCAAAAUGUGGAUUUAGUACCACUGAUUGUCGAAGAGGAUAAUGUUUGGAAUUGUUUGAAGAGUGUUGAAGAAACUAAUGCGCUAACUUAUCAAUGGUCAAACAGCUCUAGUAAUAAUACUCUUCUCAGUUCUUUGGGCAUCGAUUCUCGAAAUAUUCUGUUCGGACCAAGGUGGAAUCCAAAUAUUCCAAGAUUUGCAGCUAAUUUAGGUUUUUCUCCUCUAGAACCUGUGAAAGCUCACAAUGAUUCGCAACAAAUUUGCUCGUCUAAUUUAGGAAAAACUAAAAAUGUUACAUUUACAGAAGAAGUACCGGCAGCUCAAUUCGAUUGGAACAGUGCAGGUCUCAUAAAUCCUUUGGAUUCAAGUGGUGGUUUAUCUGCUCUUUUACCACUGGAUUUACUUUGUCCAUUUGAUCCUCUACUAACACCGAAUUGUUCCGCACAUUCCGAAUCCUAUCAUCACGAUGCUACCUGUUCCGGAAACUCAAUAUAUAACUAUUCACCUGAAGUAGGAUCUGGACAAGAUAUUAAUCUUUCGCAAGGUACAAAAUAUCGACAGUCGAGUGAUUAUUCGGAUACGCAGUCACAAUCAUUUAAAAUAGUCGACGCUUUACCAGGACCAAGUUCUACCGCGAAAAAGAAACUUGAUGUAGAACCAGUCAAGAAUAAACUCCCUCAGAGAACAUCAAAAAUAUCAUCUAGUUUCAGUGAUGGCCGACCAUUUUUAAUUAGCAAUACAAAUAUUCCGCCUGGCAACUUAAGUUACGGUAAAGCAGAAUUUCAUAAGCAGGAACACCAGAGAAAAUCAUCGAUAAGCAAACGGAAAUACUCGAAUGGAGAAAAUGUGGUCAUGGAUAGAUUCGGCAGGCCGAUGUCCGUUAGACCGGAAACAAUGAAUGUUUUGAAACAGUUACCUGAUAUUUCUUUUCUCAGUGCGCGAACGUUGCUUUUCAGUCCCGACGAGAGACACAUGGUUCAAGACCUGGGUGCUAUGAUAAAUCGAAAAAUGCCAGGCUGAGUAACGUCGGUCUGAAUGUGAGUUUGAAAGGGAUAUCAACAUAUUCAGCAAGACAUUCAAACAGGAUACGUACAUCAUCGUUCCUAUACUGAUCGACAAAAUCAAAAUCCUUUGACUCCUACUACCUUUCAAACUUGUGUUCAGGCCAAAUUUUACACUCGACUCAAUCAAACAUCACUGUAUUUCUAUUACCCUUCAAACUUGUGUUCAGGCCACCUUUCAAAUUGCCUUUCUUAUUGAGAAAAAUUAAUGUUUCACUUCUUCAAAUUUACAUUCCUGCAAAUGGAAUUUUAUAUUUAAAAUGAUGAAGUAGCAUUUUUAUGAAUAAAGCGUGCGAAUAUUUCCCUGAUUUCAUGAAAAUUUUAAUAUUUCAAAUAUUAUUAAAUCAGAAUAUUAUAAAAAGAUGUAAAAAAGCCAAAAUAAUGUGAGGCACCUACAACUUUAUUUUUACUUUUAUCGAUUGUAAAAUAUUGCUUUUUUAUUAUGUUUUAAAAAGUUUUUCUACAAUACUGGCGUCAAUUGUCAGUUCACGGGGAAAAAAAAUCAUUAGCUUGUACAUUUAAUUUAUGAAUUAAUAUGUAGCUGGCUUUUACAAAAAUGUUCAAUCAAUGAUCAUACAAUCAAUAAUGAAGGGAACUAAUCAUCACUAAUUUCUACUCAAUCGUAAGUCAAUUAAAUAAAAUUAUCUGAAAUCAUUUUCACGUCAAAUUCCACAUGAAAUUUAAUUCAGCAUUAUUAUUUCAUAAUUCAAUUCAUGUGGUAACAACGUUGAUAAACAUAUUUCGUAAAAUGAUAAAGUGCUGUUGAAAUCAUAACUUAAUUUUGUUUUAUCGAUAUUAUCAGUCGUCUAAAUGGACUAUAAUUUUCCAAACCUUUAUAAAUGGCAUUUAAUUAUUUUCUGUUAAAAUUAUAAGUAAAUUUAAAUAUUGUUACUUCAUUUCGACAAAAAUGAAAAAAAAGCUUUGUUUCUUUUUCUCUCAACACAAAAAAAGAUUAUAGCAAAUUAAAAAAGACCCUCUCCUUGAACAAAAUUUCAUUUUUAUUUUAAAAGAGAAAAAAUAACUUGCUAUAGUUGGAGUUCCUAUUGCCUUAAAAUAGAGUGCGAUUCAUUUAUUUCGAAUCAAUCAAGUUCUUAUUGUACUUAAUUGUAUGUUACAAACUGAAAACUUUUUCUUUGUUAUUUAUUAAUUCUAAUGACAUUGUAAUAUAUAUUUUAUGUAAAAUAUUGUGAUUAUAAAAGAAAUAAACAAAACGUUGAAAAUUAAAAA